AUGCCUUCUAUAUGUGAAGAACAGUUCUUUCUUUCUGCUUUUCAUUCUGUCUCUGUUUCAUUUCGCUUUUCUUUCUGUCUCUCUUUCUCCCUGUUUUUCUUUUUCUCUUUUUUCAUGUUUGUCUUUCUGUCUCGCUUUCUUUCUGUUUUUCUGUCUCGCUUUCUUUCUGUUUUUCUUCCGGUCACAUUUAUCGAACAUUCUUCUUUUUUUCAACACUCAUUUAGUGUUCCUCUUUCAUUCGUCCUCACCACUUUUCUUUCUUUCUUUCUUUCUUUCUUUCUUUCUUUCUUUCUUUCCAUUCGUUUUUUGUAUUUGCUUCAUUUAUUCUCUUUCUUGAUUGUUUCUUCUCUUUUUCUUUUUUCUUUCUUCUUUAAAGUUUCAUUUUUUUAUUUCUUGCUCUUCUCUCUUUUAUUGUUUCUUUUCCUUUUCUUUAUUCUUUUUCCUUUUCUUUAUUCUUUUUCUUUUAUUCAGCUUCUAAUUCAGAGACUUAUUUCGUUUUUCUAA